AUGUUAAUAACUCAAAAUCAACAACUUAUUCUACCACAUAAUGAUCAAACAAUAAAUGAUAUUGAUAUUGUAUUACAUAAUCCUCAACAAUUAACGAGUGAUGAUACAUUACGUUUUUGUUUAAGUUUAUUAUGGAAUUUAACUGAUGAGAAUGCAAUUGUUUGUGAACAUUUUAUACAAUCAUUGGGUUUAGAAUUAUUUCAACGUUUACUUCAUUUAUUUUCAUCGGAUACGAUUGUAUUAACAAAAAUUGUUGGAUUAUUAAGUAAUAUAGCUGAAGUAUCACAUCUUAAAGUAUAUCUUUAUCCAGUUGAUAUCAUUUUAUUAAUGAAAAAAUAUAUUAACGAAGCUAUACUUGAUAUUGCAUUUUCAGCAACUGGUAUUCUUGCACAAUUACUUUAUGAUCAAACAGAUGAUGAAAUUAAUUUUGAAUUAUGCGACCAAAUGAGAGUUGCAAUUAUAAAAUGGCAAAAUCCACAUUCAAAUAUGGUUACAUAUAGAUCUUUCAAGCCAUUUUUACCAUUACUUUAUUGUACUCGAAUACCAGUUGUACAAUUAUGGGCAAUAUGGGCUAUUCAUCAUGUUUGUAGUACUGAUCGUAUCCGAUACGUUCGAAUAGUUCGUGAAGAAAAGAUCUAUGAUAUCAUACAAGCUAUCUAUAAUGAACAAAUAUCAUUCGAUCAUCCGGAUCUAUUUAUGAUUCAAUUACUCAAAUCAAUACUUCAUAUUUUUAAAUCGUAUUAUUUAAAUCGUCAUCAAAAUACUUCUGCUGUUGCUAGUUGA